AUGUCGACUGGAGUCGACAAUCAAAACCAUAACAGCAAAUCUGACUACAUAGAUUCCGCCAGCCGUCACCGCUCAAUCUCCCGGAGCGACGGAUCUGCUUUCUCACAGUCUAUUGAGUUCAAUCAAAUAUCCGAAAAACAACCCGUCAACAUGGCACAGACCCAGAGAUCGCGUUACUUGAAGACGGGGGCAAUUAUUGCCUUCAUCUUCAUGGUUUUGGUCUGGCUCUCCCCAUCCCAGCCAAGUGCUUCGGGUCUUACCAACGAGCAACCACCUUCAAGCGGUGGCGCGUCCACUUCGAGAGUAUGCACCAAGCCAUUUGAUUCGUCCAAGCCUCUUAUUCAGUAUGCUCUUAUGAUCGAUGCCGGUAGCACUGGGUCUCGGAUUCACGUGUACCGAUUCAACAACUGCGGCCCUACCCCAGAACUUGAGAACGAGGUGUUCGAACAAACGAAGAAGAAGGAUGGAGGCUCCGGUCUCAGCUCUUUUAGAGAGGAUGCCGAGGGUGCAGCCCUGAGUCUGGACCCUCUUAUGGAUGUCGCUGUGAAGUCGGUUCCUGAGGAGUACAGGUCGUGCUCUCCGGUUGCUGUCAAGGCCACAGCCGGACUUCGUCUUCUAGGUCCUGAAAUGAGCGACAAGAUUUUGGAAGCCGUAAGACACCGCCUGGAGACCGCCUACCCCUUCCCCGUUGUCUCCAGGGAGAAGGGCGGUGUCCAGAUCAUGGAUGGUUCGGACGAAGGUGUCUACGCUUGGAUUACGACGAACUAUUUGUUGGGCAAGAUCGGUGGCCCAGAUGAGACUCCCACGGCCGCUAUCUUUGAUCUGGGUGGCGGCUCCACCCAGAUUGUCUUCCAGCCUACCUUCGAGCAGAGCAAGGCUGGUGGUAUGCCGGAGCACCUCGCCGCCGGUGAUCACAAGUAUGACCUUAAGUUCGGUGGCCGCCAAUUCGAGCUAUACCAGCACUCUCAUCUAGGAUACGGUCUCAUGUCUGCCCGCGAGGCCAUGAACACCAUCGUCGUGGAAGCGAUGCUAGCUCAGAGCCCCAAGGACCUGACCUGGGUUGGGCAGCCCAUCUCUAACCCCUGCAUUGGCCCUGGAAUGAAGAAGACAGUUACACUCAAAUUCCCCGCUGACCAUCCCUUGGGGCCUAAAGUCGAAGUGACCAUGGUCGGCCCGAAGGACAAGUCUAUGGCCGCCCAGUGCCGUGGUAUCGCCGAGAAGAUUCUGAAGAAGAGCGGCGACUGCAAGCUUGCACCCUGCUCUUUCAACGGCGUGCACCAGCCCUCUCUCGCGAAGACUUUCGCCCGAGAGGACGUGUACAUCUUCUCUUAUUUCUUCGACCGCACGGCUCCUCUUGGCAUGCCGGAAUCUUUCACUCUGGAUGAACUCAACCAGCUGACCUCCACUGUUUGUGCUGGCGAGAGCGAAUGGAAGGGCUUCGAGGCCGUUAAGCUCGAGGGUGAGGAUAAUGCGCUCGUGCAACUUCGGGAUCGUCCGGAUUGGUGUAUGGACCUCAGCUUCAUGAUGGGUCUGCUGCACACUGGUUACGAAAUGCCCCUGUCCCGCGAGGUCAGGAUCGCCAAGAAGAUCAAGAACAACGAGCUGGGCUGGUGUCUUGGUGCGAGCUUGCCUCUUCUGAGCCAGGAAUCUGGCUGGACUUGCCGCAUCAAGGAAGUGGUCUAA